CGGUUUAUUGUUUCCUUGAUUUUUGUUUUGUUCAGUGGACAAGAUUAGAUGCGUUCAAGGUCACUAGAGUUUGUACAGCAGCCACUGAAAGUAAGUAGCAAUACAAAUCUACUACAGUUAACUUGUGGAGGCUAUUUGGAAUAAUCGGAGUUUGGAAUAAUUGGAAUUUGUUAGCCGGGAAUGCACGUUUUUAUCCGGGAACCCGUAGUGUGCGUCGUUGCGGGCAACAAGAAAUGGGAGAUGUUUACGCGCAACUGGAGCAACUAACCAAGGAAGCAUUGAAGCUUUCGGAAUCAGGACACACCAGCGAAGCUCUCGGCAAAUUUCAAGACGCUCUUCGCUUAUCAAAGGAAUGUCAAUCAGAAAGCGACGCUUUUGGCACUUGCCUUUUUAAUGCAGGUGUUUGUAUGACCACCCUAGAGAACUACGAUGAGGCGUUAAGUACGCUGAAGUCAGCAGUGGCUUUGUGGCCUAAUGUACUUGAGUGUAAGGACGAGGAGAAGAUUCGAAUGUUUGCGGAUGCGCAUUUGCACAUGGCGACAUGUUGCUAUGCGCUCAACAGAGCGGGCGAAGCGAUGCCACAAUUGCGACAGUCAUUACUUGGUUAUGAAUCGUUACAACCCAACAGCAAGAAGGACAUUGCUAUGGUUUGCUGGCAGUUAACUUGUCGUCUCGAAGAGCAAUGCCGUUACAGUGAGGCCUUGGAUUUUGUUCAGAGAGUUGUAGAGUGUGCUACAGAUCUAGAAGAUCAUUGUCUACUUGCCAGAGCAUACAGAGAGAAAACACUGAUUCUUUCAAAAAACAAAGAAAGACCAAUAGACGUUAGUGAAUUUCUUGAGUUGGCUCAAGCCUCUUGUGAUGCAAUUGAAGAUGUAUUUGUUCAAUCUGAAGUGUUUUCUUCAAUUGGUGACGCUUAUGUUUCACUUAAGAUGUCUGAAAAGGCUGAGGCAUGCUUUAGUAAGGCCUUGGAUGCUCUAAGAACAAAUACCAAUGAAAAGAGUUCUAGUUACCAUAGUAAGGAGGCGUCAUUGCUACAAAACGUUGGAGCAGCUAGAAAUUUGAUGGAAAAGUAUGAGGAAUCAAUACAAUUUCACAAAGAGGCAAUGGAUUUGCAUGCAUCUCUUGGGCAGAGACAGAACCAAAUUCAUUGUAUGUUGAACUUGGGAUAUGCACACACAAUGCUGAAGCAAUACAAUGAGGCUGCAAAUGUUCUAGCAAACGCAGCUGAAGUGGCUGGAAAAUGUCGAGACAAAGAACUAGAGAUUUCUGUUUUGGAAAAUCUGGCAACGGCACAAUAUUGUGAUGGAAUGUUUGAGGAAGCAGUUGACAGCUUCCAGAAGGCUCUUUGUGCUUUAGGCUGUGUAAGUCGGUUGUCAAAUGGGGCACAGGCUAAUGAGGUGAGCCAGAGGAUUGUUGGCAAGUUGAGUGAUGCGAUCAGCAUGAGAGAAGAGAAAAGAACAAAGAACAUUGUCAAACAGAACACAACUUUUUCAUCAUCUCAUUCAAACCAGGUCAAUUUUGAGAAUUCAAAGGUAGACAUUGCAGAGAGCCAUACACCUAUUGUUACAACCAGUCAGGAACGCAAGAGCUCAAGUUUAGGCUCCACAUCAUCUGAUGAUGAAGGUGGUAAUAGUAAUAAUGAGGAAUCAUCUAGCAGUUCAUCUGUAGACGUUUCUGAAUCUGAACAAGAGCCCUUGCCUUCCAAACAGCUACAACCCAGUCUGUCAAGCACAUUGAGUGGUGGACCAACUGUUGGAACGAAAAUUAAGCUAGAGCAACGAUUGAAGCAGUUGGAGUCUUCAUUAGAGAGUCCACACACACCAACCACGCUUCUGUCUCACAGCACUCCCAAACUGAAAACUGAGAGACUUGAAGGUCAGUUUGAUGUGAGAAGGAAACAACAGCAACAUGUCGUACAAGAGGGCUGUCUUGCAACGGGAGAGAACAUCAGAAGAGUGCGAGCAGGUGCAGGACAGAACCAAACUGCAACACUAGAGACUGUCAAAGAAGAUAACGGAAGCAUCAGCACCAACACUACAGUGGAAUCCAAGACUUCAUCUGUUUGUGUAUUUCUCUAAUUAGCUAAUCAAACGUUAGAUUGUUAUUGCUCUUGUUUAAUAGCUGACUCUAGUGCAUUAGGGAGCAUUGUGUGUGUGUGUGUGUGUGUGUGUGUGUGUGUGUGUGUGUGUGUGUGUCGUUUUUACAUUUAAUUAACUAUUAAACACGGAUGAAGUCAAACAGAUUAAAAUGACAUUUUUAUAUUGAUUCUCGUCAGACUUUC